AUGACACCCCCAAGAUCAAAUGAGUGCGAGCCAAUUGCCAUUGUUGGCAUGGGCUGUCGCCUACCGGGAGGUGUUCAGGACAUUCCUGCGUUGUGGGAGUUCCUCCGGGACCAGAAGGAUGCUCACGGGGAGUUUGCCGCGCCGCGUUUUUCAGCCGAAGGCUUCUAUCAUGCCAAUUCAGACCGGCCUGGGACUGCUGUAGCCAGCAGUGGCUUCCUCUUGAAAGAGGACCCGCGGCUUUUUGACCCGUCUUUCUUCGGAAUUACCGAUGUCGAAGCGGAAACCAUGGACGCCUCGCAACGCAAGCUACUCGAAGUGACGUAUGAAGCAUUUGAGAAUGCAGGGGAGACAUGGGACAGUGUGUCCGGUAGCCGAAUCGGCGUUUUCGUCGGCGAUAUCUCGUUCGACAAUUAUGUGUCCCAGACGCGUGAUUGGGACUAUAGCGGCAAAUACUCGGCUACUGGAGCCUUUCCCAACAUGCUGGCCAACCGCAUCCACUACGUUUUCAACCUCAAAGGUCCGAGUCUGCUAAUCAACAGUGCAUGCACCUCGGCCAUGUAUGCGCUCCACCUGGCUAUUACCUCUAUGCGCAAUGGGGAUUGCGAUUCGGCCAUCGUAGCCGGAUCCAACUGGGUUAUGGACCCCAACUGCCACAUUGCUAUGGGCAAGCUGGGAGCCCUGUCACCUUCUUCCAGAAGCCACACUUUCGAUGCCUCCGCAGACGGGUACGCCCGCGGCGAAGGUUUCGCAGCACUCUACCUAAAGACAGUCUCGCUUGCAACCCAAGAUGCGUCUCCGAUUCGCGCCCUAAUCAGAGGCAGUGCGGUCAACGCCAACGGGCGUACGAGUGGUAUCACCAACCCGAGUGGCCCCGCACAAGAGACUGUCAUUCGAGAAGCCUACAAGAACGCAGGGGAUCUCGAUCCCUCCGAAACAACCCUUCUCGAGUGCCACGGAACAGGCACCCGCGUUGGGGACCCAAUUGAGGUGACGGCAGCUGGGAAUGUGUUUGGGCCAUCACGGUCUACUGUCCAUGAAGAUCGCCUGGUUGUCGGAUCUGUUAAAACUAACGUGGGCCAUCUGGAAGGUGCGUGCGCCUUGCCAGGUAUCCUUAAGGUGGUCGCUUCUCUCGAGGCCGGAGAGAUCCCCGCGACGCUCGGUUUCCAGACCCCCAAUCCACGCAUCGACUUUGACCAGGCCAAGGCUCGCGUCGUCAAUAAGACAGAGCCCUGGCCUAAAGACCGACUUAAGCGUGCCAGUGUUACUUCGGCAGGCUUUGGAGGGACCAACGGACAUUGCAUCAUCGACCACGUCCACAAUGUCAUCCCGGAGUAUGUGAAGCCUGGCGUCAUUUACGAGCAAGUUGAGCAGUCCAAUGGUACAAACGGGCAUGCUGUUAAUGGUACCAAUGGCACUAAUGGCACCCACGGCACCAAGCCAGAAGCACUCUCCCAGCUGCACCGUCCUAUACUCCAUUCUCCGACCCUCGUUAGACGGGCCGAUGCCACCACUCGCCAGAUGGUGGUUCUCCCCUUCUCCGCGCACAACCAGUCUUCUCUGAUUGCGAACAUGGAGGCGCUGCAACGAUCCAUUCCUCAUCACUCAUUAGCCGACGUGGCCUACACUCUCGCAGCUAAACGCUCUCGAUUCUCGCAACGAGCCUUCUCGAUUGUUGACAAGGACCAGGUCACCCAGGUCGGAUCGGUCACCGACAACGGACCAAAGGUGUUCGCCUCGCCUCAACGGGUAAACGUCGGUUUUGUCUUCACGGGUCAGGGUGCUCAAUGGCCAGCCAUGGGGGCGGAGCUGUUUGAGUACGCUGUGUUCCGAGAUACAAUCGCAUACCUCGACACCGUGCUGGCUGUGUUGCCCCAGCCCGCUCCAUGGAAGCUUGUAGACAUUCUGUGUGGGAACUGUGACAAGGAUCUCAUCCAGAAGCCUGCCGUGUCUCAAACUGUAUGCACCGCGCUACAGAUGGGUCUUGUUGACCUGCUAGCAUCAUGGUCUGUCCGCCCGGCUGGCGUCGUGGGUCAUUCAUCGGGCGAAAUGGCCGCAGCGUAUGCCGCCGGUCGGAUCACAGCCGCAGAGGCCAUCACCAUUGCUUACUACCGUGGAUACAUGGUCUCAUUCAACCAGAAAAAGGGUGCUAUGUUGGCUGUCGGGCUUGGAGCAGACCAGGGUGCCGAGUAUGUCCGGCAGGCCGGUAUGGAGGGAAGAGUCAAGGUCGCGGCGAUCAACUCUCCGGCGAGCAUCACCAUGUCUGGUGACGCUGAUGCCAUUGAGCAGCUGAGCGUCCAGCUCACCCAAGAAGCUAUCUUUAACCGACAGCUUCGCACCGGAGGACUUGCCUACCAUUCACACCACAUGCUGUCAUUUGGUCACGAUUACGCUCAGGCAGUUGAUGAUGGGUUACAGCGUCUUGCCAGCCUAGGAAUCAAUGACACCACUUCCAGGUACUCCAACAUUCCUUGGGCUUCUUCAGUGGUGCCACAAAAAAGCUCAACCAUGCCUCGCGAGGAAGUGACUGCUUCAUACUGGAAAGCAAAUCUGGAGUCACCCGUACGGUUUACCGAUGCCGUAUCCAAGCUCCUCGACAUGGAUGACCUGAGAAUCGGCGCAACGGUGGAGAUCGGCCCACACCCAGCGCUGAAAGGCCCAUUGGGGCAGAUAGUCAAAGGUCUGGGACGUACGAUUCCCCACGUUGCCUCGGUAGAGAGAGGCCAGGAUUCUCGCCGCUCGCUACUUGGACUCGCCGGAACGCUAUUUGCCCUGAAUGCCGACGUCGAUUUGGUGGCAGUCAACGCCGUCGAUGAGUCGCAUGGUGCGGGAAAAAGAACGCUCAUACAUGGAUGCAUGGCUAUUGACCUGCCGCCCUACCGGUACACCUAUGGGCCUAUCAAGUACCACGAGAGCCGUCUAAGCAAGGAGUACCGACUCCGGCGCUGGCCCCGGCAUGAUCUGCUUGGAGCCCGUGUGCCAGGGACAACUCGACUGCGUCCGCAAUGGCGAAACAUACUCCGCUUGAAGGAUCUGCCAUGGCUUAAUGACCAUCGCGUGCCUCCUCACGUUCUGCAUCCCGGAGCGGCGCAUAUUGUGAUGGCCAUGCUCGCAGCAGAGCAAGCCUAUGCGGAAUUCCCCGAUGCGUUACCUGUUGCUGGCUUGACUCUCCGGAACGUCUCGAUCAAGAAGACCCUGGUUGUCCCGCAAGAUGACAAGGGGAUUGAGAUCGUGCUCAGCAUGGAGCUCGAGGAUGGUGCCACCGCCGCAUCUCCUGGAUGGGCAAGCUUUUCCAUCGCUUCGGUCGUUAACGACUCCGAGCAGUGGACGGAACACUGCUCAGGUCUAGUCAAGGUUGAUGUCGUUGCCUUUAACGCGCCUGCGGCCAUUGAUACAACUACCAUGGAUGGACGCGCUGUAGAUGCGCAGGCCUGGUACACUCGCUUUGCUGACAUGGGACUCCAGUUUGGGCCCUCGUUCCAAGGGUAUUCCGAUAUCUGGGCUGACCCGUUCAGCAACGUGGCAUUGGCCAAGCUAUCGCUAAACACCACUGCAGGAUUGUUCCCUGGAGGCGAGUCCAGGUAUCCCAUCCACCCCGCCUCCUUGGAUCUUGUUAUCCGCCUGGGACUCAUGGCAUGUAAUGGCGGCCAGGCAGAAACGGCCAGUGUCCAGCUGCCUAUCCAUUUCGAUCAGAUGCGGUUCAAACUUGGCUGCCUCCAAGGCCGUGACUGGAUCACAGGGGUAUCGCGCGGCGAGCUACGUGGGUUGCGUGGAGCGUACGCCCAACUGCAACUGUUGGAUGACUCCGGCGAGGCUAUCUUGGACGUGGACAACAUGCGUUUCACCAGCCUGAACAAUGAGCAGCAGUCCUCUGCACAGGAUUUUUCUGGCCAAGCUUAUUCCAGUCCUUUCGCGCGUCUUGUCUGGAGGCCUGAUAGUCGCACAUUGAGUCGGGAUCAGUGGAACAAACUUCUUGCGUCUGUGGACGGGACCACGACUUUCUCUCGGCUCUCCUACCUCAUCGACCUCGUAGGCCAUGCCAACCCAGAUCUUCGAAUCCUGCAGCUUAGCGCUGGCAGCGAUGACCGGAAUGCUGGUCAAGCAGUGCUAAAGUCCCUUGUCGGCCACAAUGGCAUCAAGCGCUACCGGGAAUACGUCGCAACGGACACCUCUGCCGAGCGACUGGACUCCUUCCGUGAGACUGUCUCAGCUUUCCGCGACGUCAGAUACUCCGUGCUGGAUAUCAGCCAAGAUCCCUCGGAACAGGAAUUCCAAAUAGGGACCUACGACAUGAUCCUCUGGAGCAAUGUGGAACAUGGCCCGGCUACUGAGCAGGCCCUGGCAAACGCCAAGAAGCUCCUCCAUCCCGGGGGCCACCUUGUACUAGUGGACCGCAUGAAUAGCAGCGAACUGGCAUGGGACCAAUGCCUUCGGCGAGUUGGAUUCGACUCAGGAUAUAAGCUAGUCUGUCGCGAAACUGAUCUGCACUCCACCAUCAUCCUAUCCACCCUGCCCGAUCCGGUACCAACUACCAAGAGCGGCAACCCUGUGGUCCACCUUCUACACGGGUCUCAAGGCACUUCAGCGCUUCUCCAUCAUCUCGCCCGGGCUAUGGAACAGCACGGCCUAUCUAUCCGGAUCAGUCCUAUGGACCAAGCAAUAAACGUACUCGCUCCCAAUUCUCGCGUGGUGGCUUUCCUUGACGGAGAAAACCUUCUGUUUGCCGCCGAUCAACGCCGACUGGGACUAUUCCAACAUCUAGCUGCAAACACGGCGAGCAUGGUUUGGGUUACCUCGUGCGGCCUAGUGAAGGGCCGAAAUCCCGACGGCGCAUUUGUUAGCGGGCUUCUACGUACCUUGGGAACUGAGAAUCCCGCAGGGCAGUUCUUGUCAGUCGACGUUGAUGCGGAAGACUUUCAGGUUCCUGGCCUGGAGAUGGACGAGCUGGUCCGCUGCUUGGUCGAACAGGAGCUCCUCCUGCAGCCCACCCUCGAUGAUAAAGGACCUCCCGAGGUGAAUCGGGACCUGGUUUGGCAAGACGGCUGCAUGUGGACGAGCCGGAUCGUGCCUGAUGGGCAGCUGCAGGGAUACGCGGAGGUGGCUCCCACCAGGCAGGAAGUUGACGUGUCCUCACGGCCACUGAGCAGCCUUGGACCCGUACGAGCGGCCUUUGAGACACCUGGUAUUCUCACCUCCCUCUAUUUCCGUCCGUAUACAGAGCUGUUGCAACCCCUGCCUCGGGAUUAUAUCGACGUCAAGGUGGAUGCUGUCGGGCUCAACUGGAAAGACCUGGGGCUGUGUUCCGGUCGAUUUGAUGCGAACAACCUCUCCAACGAAUACUGCGGUGUUGUUACCCAGGUAGGAGCUGAUGUUACUAGAUUAUCUAUUGGCGACCGGGUUUAUGGAAUGGGCAAGGGACACUUUGGCACGCACACUCGUGUGCCCGCAGGUCUGGCACAGAAGCUGGCCGCGGACGUCAACGCCAUCGAGGCGGCUACUAUGCCGCUGGUGUAUAUGACUGCAGUUUAUGCCUUCGAGCAUGUUACUCGCCUCAAGCCUGGCCACAAGGUACUGAUCCAAUCGGCUACAGGCGGCCUUGGUCUGGCAGCCAUCCAGCUGGCGCGGUCCAAGGGGGCCACCAUCUACGCGACGGCAGGCACUGCAGACAAAGUCCGUUUCCUGACAGACCACAUGGGUGUUCCAGCAUCGCAGAUCUUCUCGUCCCGCGACUUGGCCAGUCUGAACCGCGCCACUCAGCAACAUGGAGGGUUUGAUGUCAUCCUUAGCACCGCCCAGGGCGAUAUGUUGUACGAGUCCGUCAAAGCCCUCGCCCCCUUGGGUCAUUUAGUCGACGUGGGUCGCCUGGAUGUCACUAGUUCCCAAACCAUGGGCCUGGAACUUUUCCAAAAGAGUGCUGGGUUUACCUCCUUUGACCUUGGCCUCGUUGUGGAACGCGACUCUGUCCUCGGGGCGGAGCUGAUGCAGUCCGUCGACGCGCACUUCCGCGCUGGCCACAUCGGACCCAUUAAGCCCUAUUCCGUUGCGGACAUUGGCUACCUGGACCAAACUCUCUUGCAGUUCUCGCAAGGCACCCAUAUUGGAAAGCGUGUCAUUACCUACCAAGACCCGUCCACCUUGCUGCGCACUCUCCCCACCUCAUCCGCAACCCCGGCGCGCUUCGACCCAGCCGCCCGCUACAUCCUCGUCGGCGGGCUGACCGGCCUCGGCCGCUCCAUCGUGCGGUGGAUGAGCAGCCGUGGUGCUCGCGACAUGGAGGUUUGGUCCCGCCGGGGGGCAAGCAACCUUGCCCCCGAAGCACAGCGUAUGAUCACUGAGCUGGCAGCCCAAGGCAUCCGAGUCCAGCCCGUUGCCUGCGACGUAACCAACCGUGACGCCGUGCUCCACACCAUGCGAUCUGCGCAUGUUGAUCCCACACGACCUGUUCGUGGUGUCUUCCACUUUGCCGUAUCCUACCAGGAUAUCUCCUUUGACAAGAUGACCGAAGCCCAAUUCAACCAAGGCAUGGCGGCCAAGGUCUUCGGCGUCAAGCACCUCCACGAUGCCACGACCUCCAUCCCUCUCGACUUCUUCGCUAUGACCUCCUCCUUGGGAACUGUCUAUGCCUUCCCUACCCAGAGCACCUAUCUCGCUGCCAACAACUACCUUGACUACUUUGCCCGCUACCGCCGCCGGCUCGGUCUCCCUGCCACGACCGUCGCCCUAGGCUUCAUCAACGACCUGGGCCCGCUAACCAAUGACCCCGUCACCGUCAACCUCUUCGUCCGCGCCAAAGGCCAAACCAUGACGGGAGCUCAGGUCGUGCGCAUGCUCGAGCCAGCCUUUGUGAAUGAGCAACCCAAUGCCCUCUGGCUCGGCCAUACCGAUGACCCCCUCUCCGCAUCCCACAUAGUCACUGGCAUCGACCCAGCCGUCCUCGCCAAGAUGGCCCGGUCAUCAGCUGCCUCCCUCGCCUCUUCUACCAUUCCCAGAUGGUACCACGACUCUCGUGUCUCCUUAAUGUUGCGUGCCCUAGAAGACGCCUCGUCCGCUACCUCUUCUCUCAGUAGCUCGGACAUCCAUGCCUCAGACGCAUCACCUACUGCCCAACUGAGACGACAAUUCGACCACUCCGUUGCGACGCUCCGUGCGGGAGGUAAAGAUUCCAAGGAGGAUGCAUGGACGGAGACCAUCAAAUUCGUGACUGAGGCCAUCCAGGCCACCGUGGCAGGCAUGUUGUUUGUGGAUGUGGGAAGCGUGAAUCCCAACAAGACGGUGGCGGAGCAUGGCAUUGAUAGUUUGCUGGCGGCGGAGUUUCGCAAUUGGUUCCAGGGGGCGUUUGGGAGGGGGGUGAGUAUGUUGGAGUUGAUGGAUGCGAGGAUGAGUCUAGCGUUGUUGGCGAGGUCGGUAGUUGAGGGGGCGGUGGACUGA